AAGACUGGCGUAAUGUAAUAGAGCUUCUGGGGGACAGGCGCUGGAGGCGUGUCCCAUAGUGAGAUACCUCACUCAUGUUUCAGAGAACCGGGGUUAAAUCCUUAACCUAAAGUUUUCACAUUUCAGACUAUUCGGGUGGAGCUUUACUAUGGGGUGCCGUAAAGUGCUGCUCUGACCAGCUCCACAUCGAGGGGUUGUCAGUUGCUGCCAUUUAACCAUGCACCGCCUUAGAGCGUUGCGAUUGUCAGACCUCCUACAAGUUAUUUGCAAAACUACAAAUACGAGGAGGAAUUGUCUCUUUAUUCAUCCAGCAUGUUGUCUGAUUACAAAAUCAACAACUACCUUCCAGCGACGGACGUUUAUCCAUACGGAUCAUUUCCGUAAUAAAAUGAGCAUGCACUCCAUAUCUCCCAGUUCUGGAGUGGAAAACAUGCUUUUCUACACCAUCACGGAAGGAAGAGACCAAGUGCCCAUUUCAUUCUUUAAUGCUGCCCUGAAAAAAACUGGCCUUCAGCCCUCAGACCCUCGGCUCAGAGAGUGCAUGGAGAAGCUGCGGCAGGCUGUGAAGGACUCGGUUGGUGAGGUGAUGAUGGACAGAGACCUUUUUCACAGAUGUGUGGGUGGCAACAUUGUUCUGCUGAUCCACGCCUUCCGAAAAAUGUUUAUCAUCCCUGAGUUUGAUGUGUUUGCACAAAAAAUCAAUGAACUCUACAAGAUAGCGCAAGUCCAAAGUGAUGGGAAGGUUGCCGACUAUAUCCCCCAGCUGGCCAAGUUCAGCCCAAAACUUUGGGGUGUGUCUUUAUGUACAGUUGAUGGCCAGAGGCAUUCUGUAGGUGACACGAAGCAGCCUUUCUGCCUGCAGUCAUGUGUGCAGCCUCUGCAGUAUGCCAUCGCUGUCCACGAGUCUGGAACAGAAAAUGUUCACAGCUAUGUCGGCAUGGAGCCCAGCGGACUAAAGUUCAAUGUGCUCUCUCUUGACGAGGAAGAUAAGCCUCACAACCCCAUGGUAAAUGCAGGAGCCAUUUUGAUCAGCUCUCUUAUCAAGCCUCUCUCAAAUAAGGCAGAAAAGUUUGAUUAUUGUAUGGAGUUUGUGAAAAAGAUGGCUGGCCAAGAAUAUGUUGGAUUUAGCAAUGCCACGUUUCAGUCAGAAAAGGAAACUGGUGACAGAAAUUUCGCUAUUGGAUACUACAUGAAAGAAAAGAAGUGUUUUCCCCCAGGAGCUGACAUGAUUGAUUCCCUCGAUUUCUACUUCCAGCUUUGCUCCAUAGAGGUGACCUGUGAAUCGGGAAGUGUCUUAGCUGCCACUCUGGCCAACGGAGGGAUCUGUCCAAUCACAGGCGAUCAAGUCCUGAGUGCUGAGGCAGUGCGAAACACCUUGAGCCUCAUGCAUUCCUGUGGCAUGUACGACUUCUCUGGCCAGAUGGCUUUUCAUGUGGGCUUGCCAGCUAAAUCUGGAGUGUCUGGCGCAAUACUGCUGGUGGUCCCUAACGUAAUGGGAGUGAUGUGUUGGUCCCCACCUUUGGACAGAGUUGGGAACAGUGUCCGGGGCAUACACUUCUGUCAGGAACUUGUUUCACAAUUCAAUUUCCACAAUUAUGACAACCUGAGGCACUUUGUAAAGAAGCAAGACCCCCGUCGGCAGGUUGGAGAUGACAGGAACAAGUCUGUUUUCAACUUAAUGUUUGCUGCCUUCAGUGGGGAUGUGUCAGCGCUGAGAAGAUUUGCCCUCUCAUCUAUGGACAUGGACCUGAAAGACUGUGACUCCAGAACAGCACUACACAUUGCUGCAGCAGAGGGUCACAAAGAUGUUGUAAAGUUCCUCACCGAAACCUGCAAAGUUGAUCCAUUUGUGCAAGACAGGUGGGGGAAUAUUCCAGUUGAUGAUGCCAAGCAGUUUGGGCAUGAAGAAGUCAUGAGGAUGCUCAUAGAAUACCAGCAAGACUGGAAGCAGCAGGAAAGGCAGGGUGGUGAGCCCGAACAUCCCCAAAAACUGGAUACCAUUGAGGGCAUGGUGUGAUAUUUUUAAAGCAGAACGGUAUCAUGUCAGAACGAUUGUGAAAGUUUAUUGUUAAACUUGAACUAAGUGCUAAACUAAAGAAAUUCUGACUACAUGAAUGUAAUUGAACUAUGCAUACUGUAGCAAAUAUAUAAAGGGUGUAGGCUGUUGUAUUUGUACUUCCUCAAAAUACGUCAAGUAAAAAAGUUAAGGGCAAUAUCAAAUUAGUGCUGCUGUAUUUUUGUAAUGAGUCUGGCUGCAAUGUUUGUAUCUUAGAUUUUUAUUUAAAACUAAGACUUUCUGUAUGAUUUUUAAACAUAUAAUAUGUUAUUAAAGUGCUUUUACUGGCUUUAAACUUUG